AUGACUGAACAACAAAGAAGUCGUUUCUCAGUAAAAAAACAAGAAGCAGUAAGAAAACAUCGAGAAGAAACAGUUGAUAGUGUUAUUGAUACAUAUGCACAAUUAAUAGAAAAUAUUGAUCAAAAGAAUGAAGAAAACAAAAUUAAACAACCAAAUAAGAAAGAGGAUAAUGAAAAAAAUGAAAAGAAGAAAUUAAGUGUUGAUCCAAAAAGAAUAGAUUCAAUCUUUGAUAAACUUGAAGAGGUUAAUGGUCAUAAUAAUGAAGCUAAUAUUGAAGAUAAACUAACGUCUCAAGACUUAGCAACUAAUAUAGCUAUGAGUUAUGUUCAAAAUGAAUAUGACAUUGAUAUCAACAAUCCUCAAAAUGAAUUGACAAAAAGUAAAAUCGAACCUAAUACAUUUAAAAGUUCUUUAAAACGAUUUUCUUAUUGUCCUGUUCUUUUUAGUAACAAUGAUGAAAAUAUAAAAGAAAUAAAAGAAGAAUUUAAUGUUGGAGUUGAUAAUAUCUUAGAUUCUUAUAUUGAAAUUAAUACCAACCAACCUCAACAAGAAGAAAAAGAAAAUCAACAAAAUCCUACAUUAACUGCUCCACCAAUUCCUUCUCAAGACUUUGAUAAAAAAGAAACUUUAUAUAAUAAAGUAGAAAUACCUUAUUUACUUGAAGAUAAUAAAACAAGUAAAACCAAAUCAUUUGAAGAAAUGAUUAAUCAUUAUCCAAUUGAAUUACCAAAUGAACCUAAAUCAUUAAUACAUAAUGAUAAUAAAAGUGAUAAUGAAGAAGAAAAAUUAAUACCAAACUCAUCAUUAAUUAAAACAAAAGAAACAAAAGAAGAAUUAUUCAACACAAGUGAUUCAAUAAAUAACAUUAAAUUAAAUACAAAUGAAAACCAAGAAAAUAAAAUGGUUGAUGUUAUUGUAAAUUGGCAUCGUAAAAAACCAAAUAAAGAAUUUCAAGAGGAAUGGGAACAAGAAAAAUAUAACUUAAAAAGUUAUAAUCUCGAAGAUACGAUUAGUGAUAAAACUGUUGAUGAAA